GCGGGGUCUAAGUCAGCUUCUAAGGCCUCCCAGGCUAGGAGCUGGGGUCUCCAUUUUAACAUUUUUCAUCUGCGUCCUGCGUCGCUGGCGACCUCUGACCUCGCCUUCGGUACUUCCAGACACCGCCCUCAGUUUGGUCUUAGCUAGUUCCAAGCCCCUCUCCUUUGGCUAUCUGCCCUGGCUACCUGUUAUUUCCGGGAGAUGGCUCUGGGGAGUGGACAGUGAGAGAGUCAUCCAGCACCCAAGUUCGUCCAGUGUCAGAUCUUCAGUGAAGUCACCCCGGACUUCUCUCCACAGCUCCAAGCUCUCUUUGCUACAUACGCAUAGUGGCAUAGUGGACUCUGUGUGAGAGAGUGGUCUCUACCUUCGUUAGGGGACCCCAGCUCCAGCUCCAGGUCUAACCUGGAGUCUGUUCCUAGUUUUUUGCGGACUCCAAGUGAAAUGGUCUGAGAGUCAUUGAUCCCACAGCCACCAUGGGGCCCUGGGGGGAGCCAGAGCUCCUGGUGUGGCGCCCAGAAGCAAUAGCUUCAGAGCCCUCAGUGCCAGUGGGGCUGGAGGUGAAGCUGGGGGCUCUGGUACUGCUGCUGCUGUUGACACUUGUCUGCAGCCUGGUGCCUGUCUGUGUGCUUCGAAGGCCAGGCGCUAGCCAUGAAGCCUCCGCCUCAGGCCAGAAAAUCCUAAGCCUAGUAAGCUGCUUCGCAGGAGGUGUGUUUUUGGCGACCUGUCUUCUGGACCUGCUGCCUGACUACCUAGCUGCCAUAGAUGAGGCGUUGGCGGCCCUGCAUGUGACGCUUCAAUUCCCUUUGCAAGAGUUCAUUCUGGCCAUGGGUUUCUUCCUGGUCUUGGUGAUGGAGCAGAUCACACUGGCUUACAAGGAGCAGUCCAGUCCACCACAUCCAGAAGAGACCAGGGCUCUGCUGGGAUCCGUGAAUGGCGGGCCUCAACACUGGCAUGAUGGACCAGGGAUCCCCCAGGCCAGCGGAACUCCAGCAGCUCCCUCUGCCCUGCGUGCCUGUGUACUGGUCUUCUCUCUAGCCUUGCACUCAGUGUUUGAGGGCCUGGCUGUGGGGUUGCAGCGAGACAGGGCUCGGGCAAUGGAGCUGUGCCUAGCUUUGCUGUUCCACAAGGGUAUCCUGGCAGUCAGCCUGUCCCUGAGGCUGCUACAGAGCCACCUACGGGUACAGGUGGUAGCUGGCUGUGGGAUCCUCUUCUCAUGUAUGACACCUCUGGGCAUUGGGCUGGGUACUGCUCUGUCAGAGUCAGCUGGGCCUCUGCACCAGCUGGCCCAGUCUGUGUUGGAGGGCAUGGCAGCUGGCACCUUCCUCUAUAUCACCUUCCUGGAAAUCUUACCCCAGGAGCUGGCCACUUCUGAGCAGAGGAUCCUCAAGGUCAUUCUGCUCCUAGCAGGCUUUGCCCUGCUCACUGGCCUGCUCUUUAUCGAAAUCUAAGGUGCUUAAAGAGAAAGGGCAGGGGAGGUAGACUGUCAGGUGCCCCUGUCCUCUCUAUUCUCCCUGACCUUCCCAGUUUGUGGGAAGUAGAAAGAAAGUAGUGAGGACCAGUGAGUUCUCUGAAAGGUAGGGAUGGGACAUUUGGACUGUGAAUAAUGAGAGGUAAGAGGCUAGCUGCAGGCCCAAAGAACAAGAAGUAGCCAAGUCACCAGAGAUACGAUCAGGCGACAUUAAGAAUCAGGCCGGGCACUACAUCUAGAGACAAG